GGAGAGGGCUGCCUGGGUCUCCCUUUCCUGGGAUCACGCCUCUGUCCCGAGGCCCCUCCGCCAGGCCGAAACCAGUAGGAGGCUUGAAAUAAGAAGGCAAAACCCCUUUGAAGGAGUGUGACCGGAGGGACCCCCGCCAGAGUCCCGAGUGCCACCGGAUCCCGGCGCUAUGGUGACCGAGCAGGAGGUGGAGGCCAUCGGCCGGACGCUGGUGGACGCGGCCCAGCCCCUGCCCGCCCGGUUCCGGGCCCUCUUCACCCUGCGGAGCCUGGGCGGCCGCACCGCCGUGGACUGGAUCAGCCGGGCCUUCGGGGACGGCUCCGCGCUGCUGAAGCAUGAGCUGGCCUACUGCCUGGGCCAGAUGCAGGACGAAGCGGCCAUCCCCGUGCUCAUCCGGGUGCUGGAGGACACCAGCCAGGAGCCCAUGGUCAGGCACGAGGCGGGUGAAGCCCUGGGUGCUAUCGGGAAUCCCAAGGUGCUGGAUAUCCUGAAACGCUAUUCAGAGGAUCCCGUGGUUGAGGUGGCGGAGACGUGUCAGCUGGCAGUGAGGAGGCUGGAGUGGCUGCAGGAGAACAAGCAGGAGCCGGGCGCCAGCCCCUACCUCUCCGUGGAUCCUGCUCCCCCUGCUGAGGAGACGGACGUCGCCAAACUCCGCGAAACCCUCCUGGAUGAGUCGCGCACGCUGUUCGACCGCUACAGGGCCAUGUUUGCCCUGCGAAACCUGGGGGGCCAGGCUGCUGUUCUGGCGCUGGCGGAUGGACUGCGCUCCGGCAGCGCCCUCUUCCGCCAUGAGAUCGGCUACGUGCUGGGCCAGAUGCAGGAUGAGGCCUGCGUCCCGCAGCUGACGGCCGCGCUGCGCAGCCGCACCGAGAGCCCCAUGGUGCGCCACGAGUGCGCCGAGGCCCUGGGCUCCAUCGCCCGCCCCUCCUGCCUGGAGACCCUGCGUGCCUUCGCCCACGACGAGGAGCGGGUGGUGCGGGAGAGCUGCGAGGUGGCGCUGGACAUGUACGAGUACGAGAACGGCACCCAGUUCCAGUACGCCGACGGGCUCUGCAAGCUGCAGGCCUCCGCCUGAGCCCCGGCUGAGGGGGGGGCACGGGCCCCGCUGUCAUGGCUGCCUCCGUCGACAUGGAUCCCUGCCUCGCCGCGGCGGAGGUGGAGGAGGAACUGGAUUUGCUUUCUGGCACAAUUACAGCUGCCUUCUCCCUCCA